AUGUUCACAACACAGUCACGUAGUUCGGAAUCGGCUGCAAAGCGUCAAAGUGGUCGUAAUAUCAUAGAAGUUAGGGCACCCACGAAACAUUUACCAUUGCCUCAGGAAGAACGUCCCUAUCGUUGGUGUACCCUACCCUUGGAAGAUGAAGACUACCUUAAUAAAAUGUUACAUUUUGAGGUGAAAGAGGAUGAUGUUUAUGUGGUGACAUUUCCGAAAUGUGGUACAACAUGGAUACAGGAAGCCACUUGGGUAUUGGUGCAUGAUUUAGAUUAUGCUGCAGCCAAAAAGGAGCAAUUGAUGCGUCGGAGUCCAUAUAUGGAAAUUAAAGGUUUCUAUGGCGGUUUCCCCUUUGACACAAUAGAGGCUGCAAAACACAUACCCUCCCCCAGGGUCUUGAAAUCACAUUUGCCAGCCUGUCUAAUACCCCAUGAAAUAUGGUCGAAGAAGGCAAAGGUUGUCUAUUGCGCCCGCAAUCCCAAAGAUAUGGCCGUCUCCUUUUAUCAUUUCCACCGCGGUCUUGGCACCUGGGAGGGUACAAUCGAUGAAUUUGUUGAUGAUCUGAUCAAUGGCGACAUUAUGUAUUCACCGUAUUGGUAUCACGUCUGGGAUUUCUGGCAAAUGCGUAACGAAGAGAAUGUCUUCUUUGCCACCUAUGAAGAUAUGAAGAGAGAUCUGCGAAAGGUGUUAAUCGAUUUAAAUAAAUUCCUGGGGAAACCGGAUCUCAGCGAAGAACAACUGCAACAAUUGCAGGAGCAUUUAUCAUUUAAAAAUAUGAAGGAAAAUAGCUCAGCCAAUCCCACCGAAUUGAUUGUCAAUAGCCACGCCAGCAACAAGGUUAAGCCGGACUUUGAAUUCAUGCGUCGCGGCAUUGUGGGUUCCUACAAGGACGAAUUGUCUCCCGAAACCCAAGCCAAAUUGGAUGAAUGGAUUGCAGAACAUUUGAAGGAAUUUAAUAUUAGUCUGGAGGAGAUAUUUGGACAAAUUUAA